CAACAAUUUCCACCGCAACAAUUUCCACCGCAAUCACAACGCCGCUGCAACCACCAGCCCAACACCCGCCUCCAAGAUCCCUUGCUCGUCUCCCCCCUCACCACCUCCCCUAUUCUUACCCUUCUCACUCGCUCCCCCUCGGACCUCCAUCCCAAUCCAAGAAAGAAAACCCUAAAAGCUAAAACUCAUCGCAUCUGGAUUCUGGUCUCAUCCCGCGCGCGCAUCUGGUCUCAUCCCGCCACAUCUGGUCUUCCGACUCUUUUCCUCCCAGCUCUCCUCUCGACUCUCCUCUACACUUUGCGCACCAUCGGCCAUAGCUUGCAACUCUCCUCUCGACUCUCCUCUUAGUCUCCAUCGGCCAUAGCUUGCAACUCUGACAGAGCUUACCCCUUCACACCUCCUGUAACUGGAGGGACAGCGAUUGAGCACUGAUCUGCAGUUCUGCACACCAUAUCGUCUCCAAUUUCAGUACUGGAGUUUAGGUGGAGCUGGAAGAUGGAUCAAGGGAGGCAGGUAUUCAUGGUGGAUCUUCUAGAGAGAUAUGCGGCCAAGGGGCGGGGUGUUGUUACUUGUAUGGCAGCUGGAAACGAUGUAAUUGUAUUGGGAACAAGCAAAGGGUGGGUUAUCAGAUAUGAUUUUGGGGUUGGAGAUUCCAAUGAUAUUGAUCUCUCUGUGGGCCGAAGUGGUGAGCAAUCCAUCCAUAGAGUUUUUGUUGAUCCUGGAGGCAGCCAUUGUAUUGCUACUGUUGUUGGUGGUGGAGCUACUGAUACUUUUUAUACUCAUGCAAAGUGGAGUAAGCCUCGUUUAUUGGGCAGAUUGAAAGGUUUAGUUGUGAAUGCUGUUGCUUGGAAUAGACAACAGAUAACAGAAGCAUCUACAAGGGAAGUUAUUCUCGGGACAGAAACUGGCCAACUCUAUGAGUUGGCUGUGGAUGAGAAGGACAAGAAGGAAAAAUAUAUUAAGCCUUUAUUUGAAUUAACAGAACUUCCAGAAGCUAUCAUGGGUUUGCAGAUGGAAACAGCUAGUUUAAUGAAUGGUACGAGAUAUUAUGUGAUGGCAGUUACUCCUACAAGACUGUAUUCUUUCACUGGAACUGGAUCAUUAGAGACUGUGUUUGCUAGUUACCUAGAACGUGUUGUGCAUUUCAUGGAACUUCCUGGUGAAAUACCAAACAGUGAGCUACAUUUCUUUAUGAAGCAACGAAGAGCUGUUCAUUUUGCAUGGCUUUCUGGGGCAGGUAUUUACCACGGUGGCCUAAAUUUUGGGGCACAGCUUAGUUCUCCAAAUGGUGAUCAAAACUUUGUGGAGAACAAAGCCUUGUUGGACUAUUCAAAGUUGUCUAAUGGUGCAGAAGUGGUCAAACCUAGUUCCAUGGCAGUGUCUGAGUUUCACUUCCUGCUUCUUAUUGGGAAUAAGGUUAAGGUUGUAAAUAGAAUUAGUGAGCAAAUAGUAGAAGAACUUCAGUUUGAUCUAACUUCUGAGUCAAAUUCAAGGGGUAUCAUUGGACUAUGCAGUGAUGCUUCUGCAGGGUUAUUCUAUGCCUAUGACCAGAAUUCCAUCUAUCAGGUCUCUGUGAAUGAUGAAGGACGUAAUAUGUGGAAGGUGUAUCUGGACAUGAAAGAAUACGCUGCUGCAUUAGCACAUUGCCGCGACCCACUCCAGAGAGAUCGAGUUUAUUUAGUUCAGGCAGAAGCUGCAUUCAACUCCAAGGAUUUUCUGAGAGCUGCAUCUUUUUAUGCAAAAAUUAACCACAUAUUAUCAUUUGAGGAGAUCACUCUGAAAUUUAUUAGUGUAAGCGAACAGGAUGCUCUAAGAACCUUCUUAUUGAGGAAGCUUGAUAAUCUUGCGAAGGAUGAUAAAUGCCAAAUAACUAUGAUUUCCACAUGGGCUACUGAACUUUACUUGGACAAGAUAAACCGGCUUCUUUUAGAAGAUGACACAGCUUUGGAGAAUCGUAAUUCAGAGUACCAGUCAAUCAUUAGGGAGUUUCGUGCCUUCCUUAGCGACUGCAAAGAUGUAUUGGAUGAGGCCACUACCAUGAGACUUCUAGAAAGCUAUGGCAGGGUUGAGGAAUUAGUGUAUUUUGCUAGUCUGAAGGAGCAGUAUGAAAUUGUUGUUCACCACUAUAUUCAGCAAGGAGAAGCAAAGAAAGCAUUGGAAGUUCUUUGGAAACCUUCUGUUCCUGUGGACCUUCAGUACAAGUUUGCCCCUGAUCUUAUAGCGCUUGAUGCAUAUGAAACUGUGGAGUCAUGGAUGUCCUCAAACAACCUGAACCCAAGAAAACUUAUACCUGCAAUGAUGCGUUAUUCAAGUGAACCUCAUGCAAAGAAUGAAACUCAUGAAGUAAUCAAAUAUCUUGAAUUUUGUGUUAACCGCUUGCAUAAUGAGGAUCCAGGAAUUCACAACUUGUUGCUUUCUUUGUAUGCCAAGCAGGAAGAUGACAGUGCCCUCCUGCGUUUCUUGCAAUGUAAAUUUGGAAAAGGACUUGAAAAUGGUCCUGAAUUCUUUUAUGAUCCCAAGUUUGCAUUACGCCUUUGUCUCAAGGAAAAACGAAUGCGUGCUUGUGUUCAUAUAUACAGCAUGAUGUCAAUGCAUGAGGAAGCUGUUGCUCUUGCUUUGCAGGUUGAUCCAGAGCUUGCUAUGGCUGAAGCGGACAAGGUUGAAGAUGAUGAAGACAUGAGAAAGAAGCUUUGGCUUAUGGUUGCCAAGCAUGUUAUUGAGCAGGAAAAGGGUACCAAAAGGGAGAAUAUAAGGAAGGCCAUAGCAUUUCUAAAAGAAACUGAUGGCCUGUUAAAGAUUGAGGACAUAUUACCAUUCUUUCCAGACUUUGCGCUAAUUGAUGAUUUUAAGGAAGCAAUCUGCUCAUCACUAGAGGAUUACAAUAAGCAAAUCGAACUCUUGAAACAGGAGAUGAAUGAUGCAACACAUGGUGCAGACAACAUCAGAAAUGAUAUCAGUGCACUAGCUCAAAGAUAUGCUGUCAUCGAUCGAGAUGAAGAAUGCGGGGUCUGUAGACGAAAAAUUUUGACUGUUGGUAUGGACUAUCGGAUGGCUCGAGGUUAUACAUCUGUAGGUCCAAUGGCCCCUUUGUAUGUCUUUCCAUGUGGACAUGCUUUCCAUUCCCUGUGUUUAAUUACACAUGUGACACAGUUGACACGUCGCACUGAUGAAACCCAAGCGGAGCGCAUCCUGGAUUUGCAGAAGCAGCUAACUCUACUUGGUAGUGAAUCACGGAAGGAACCAAAUGGUGUCUUGACAGAGGAUUCUAUAACCAGCUUAAGCCCUGUAGAAAAGGUACAUUUUAAUUUGGUUGAAUUUGUUUUUCCCUUUUUGUUCCCUGCUACAAAAGUUAAUACAGUGUAGAUUUACAGGUUGUAAAUAAGGUUGCCUAGGAUACACAUUCUAUCAAAGCAGAAUACGUCAUUUGUGUUUCCAUGUCAGAAAAUUUUUAACGAUGGUUUUUUGAUUUCAUUUUUUGACUUCUCUCUUUUCAAUUUCUUUUUAUUAAUUGGUGGCUUGUCUUUCUGGAAUACUGGGCCUCAUGCCCAUUGUUGACUUGGUGAACAUGUCUUGGUAGUAAAUACAACAAUAAUUAGUUGGCUUCUCAUGUUGGAUCACUGAGCAGCUUCGGUCACAGUUAGAUGAUGCAGUCGCUAGUGAAUGCCCGUUCUGUGGUGACUUAAUGAUCUGUGAGAUCUCUUUGCCUUUCAUUCAACCGAGUACACCAGAGGAAGAGAAGGAGGUCAUGUCAUGGGAGAUAAAACCACAAAACCUUGGACCCCAGAGGAGCUUUUCGUUGGGUGUCUGAUCAGAUUAUGUGUGGAAUGUGGAAAAAUUGCUUGUGCAUUUCCAGUUUCUAGGUGAGUUUGUUUUCGUAAUGCUUAGUUUUUGUAGUGUUUCUCCAUUUUUCUAUACUAGGAGAACCUUUCAAUUUAAAUUUUUUUCUCAUGUAUUUAUGUUUGUCUGAUCAACCGAAAUUAGACAUGAGUCACGAGAUUGAUGAGUUAAAUAAUGGGCAUAUCUUAUUCCAUUUCUCAAUCCCAUGUGUAUAUUAUAAUGUCACAUAAAGUUGUAAGUUUACA